AUGGCAAGAUUACUACUGCUUGGGAUGUCUGGUUUCAGCUCAGAUCUUCGGGACUCCAAGCCCAGUGCUCUAUCCAUUGGGCCACCUGCCUGCCCCUCUAUGUUGCUGCCAUCAGUAAUUAAUGCAUUUUCCACCAUGUACACAGGUGGUCUGUAUCGGAAAAGCCAAGGCCUUCCUGGUUUUGUCCCAGGCUAUCCUGACCCUGAUCACAGUCGUUCCACUGUGCCUUCGAAUUCAAGGAAGCAAGUAUUACUACCGCCUCUCCCACCACCUGUCAAUCUCCCUCCUGGUCUAGAAUACUUGAGCCAGUUAGACCUGAUCAUUAUACACCAGCAGGUGGAGCUGCUUGAAAUGAUACUUGGCACUGAAACUUCCAACAAAUAUGAGAUUAAAAACCGCUUGGGACAAAGAGUGUACUUUGCGGUGGAGGAAAGCAUCUGCUUUAACCGUAAUUUCUGUUCACCAUUAAGAUCCUGUACCUUGAGGAUCACUGAUAACACUGGUAGAGAAGUGAUUACAGUGCACAGACCAUUGAGAUGUACCAGCUGCUGGUGCCCUUGCUACCUACAAGAGUUAGAAAUUCAAGCCCCUCCUGGUACCAUAGUUGGUUAUGUUGUACAGAAGUGGGACCCUUUCCUGCCAACAUUCACAAUUCAAAAUGAAAGCAAAGAAGAUAUUUUGAAAAUUGUGGGUCCCUAUGCAACAUGUGGCUGUUUUGGAGACGUUGACUUUGAGGUGAAAACCAUUAAUGAAAAGAUAACAAUUGGGAAGAUUUCAAAGUAUUGGUCAGGAUUUGUAAAUGAUGUCUUCACAAAUGCUGACAACUUUGGGAUACACAUUCCUGCAGAUCUAGAUGUGAAAAUCAAAGCAGCCCUGAUUGGGGCCUGUUUUCUCUUUGACUUUAUGUUCUUUGAACAUUCACUGGCUGGACUGUAA